CCAUAUCACAGAUGUCGCGCACCUGGUGACGGCCGAUAUCGCACCGAUAACCGAACCAUCAAUCAAUAUCUUUCCCGUGACUCACAAUUGCUGUGGUUAUUUCACUUCGAUACUAUCGAUACUACUUCCGUCCUGCAGGAAACGAGUUUCAUUUUCAGUCCGCUUUUGAAUUAACUCGUGGCUUCUUUCUUGUGAUGCUGGGUUUAUAACUAACGUUAACCAGCUGAAAGUGAUCAUUACUCAUCUUUUCGUAUCAUGCUGGUGGCAGGGCAGGCUGUUGGUGUUACUAAAGUGAUGGUUUUGGGUGGAGCUGUUGUCAAUGACAAACCUGCACCAAAGAUGAGGAAGAAUUUUGAUAUUGGCUUCAUUUGUGAAGUUAUCAUACGGCUGCUUCUUCUAGCUGUGUUUAUCCUAACGGAGAACCUGCCUCCAUUCAGCCGAGAGAUCCAACCUGAAGAACUCUGGCUAUAUAAGUUCCACCCUGUCAAAAAGGACCGCGUUCCCACCCGCCUCAUGUUUACUAUCGCCCUUUGCACACCGUUAGCUGUUAUUUUCUUCUUUGCCUUCUUGAAACAAGGUGGAAAGGGUGAUGUUAAAGAAGCAUCUUUGGCUGCAACUUUGACCCUGGUGUUGAAUGGAGUUUUCACUAAUGCAAUCAAGUUAGCCGUGGGCAGGCCACGACCUGAUUUCCUCUACCGCUGUUUUCCGGAUGGCCAAAUGAACACGGAGCUUCACUGUACCGGUGACCCGGAUGUAAUAAUGGAGGGCAGAAAAAGUUUUCCUAGUGGACACUCAUCCUUUGCUUUUGCUGGUCUGGGCUUCACUGCCUUGUAUGUAGCUGGAAAGCUGCAUUGUUUUAGCCCUUUAGGCCGGGGCAGAGCCUGGAGGUUGUGUGCCUUCCUCACCCCCCUACUAUGCGCCAUUAUGAUCGCCCUCUCCAGGACAUGUGACUACAAACAUCACUGGCAAGAUGUGUUGGUGGGGUCUCUUCUAGGUUUAGUCUUUUCUUACUUAUGUUACCGACAACAUUAUCCAGCUCUGAAUGACUCCGACUGCCACAGACCCCUUCGACUGAGAGAGCCAGUGACCCCUGCACAGGAACGCAAGCAGACCAACCAAGGCUAUCUUUUACCUCUUUAGGGACUUUUUCUGCUGGGUCUCACCCAGACCAACAACUUAAUACUGUGUAAAUGUUUACCUUUCCAUCAGACUUGAGAUGCAUAUGCUUCCUAAAGCCAGAUGCUGCCAUUAUGUCUAUUUUUGUGUAUGUGUGCCACCUGUCAACCAAUGGGGACUUGGUUUGGACUUUCUAUACAGUUGCGGGUAUUAAAUGUUUUGUGUAUUAUAGAUGUCUUUUUUGAAAAUGUCUUGAAUAAUUUGUAUGGGAUCAAGCUUUUCGAAGUUAAUAUGUGAAAUAUCUUGGCAAAAGACCUCAGUGUAUGUUACAACAGCUUCUAGGUCUAUUUUAUAAUACAUAUUUAUAGACUCUUCAGUUAAGACACGGAAAGGAAAACUUCUUCGAGUAUCUUUGUCAAUAAAGUUUGUGAUGAUUUAUAAA